UGCAGCAGAGUGAAAAGGGGGGUCUCCUCCCUUUAUUCCUCCCCCUUUUCUUUUUUUCACCCCCCCUGCCCCUUCUUCUUCACUCCUCCUCCUUUCCCCCCUUCCUUCCAGAUCAGCUGGAUGCUGGGAAGUGGUACCCAGCCCUGGUCCUCCUGAGCAUCCUUCCCCACCCUCCAUCUCUCCCUCUCAACUUUGCCUCUUUCCAGCCUUCCAGCUCUUGUCCUCUUCCCCUUCUCCCUCUCUAUGAGAACCAGUUCCCUACAAAGGCUCUUUCUCUAUCCAUCCCUGGCUCUCCAAGGGGGGCAUCAUCUCUCUCUCUGCCCUCCAGUAGCUUGGCAUAGCAAAGCAAGACAGAUCCUCCCCUGCUGAAGAGGCCAGCCAUGGCAGAGAAGAGGCAAGCCUCCAAGGCCAAUGAAGAGGAAGAAGGAGAUGAUGGAGCAGGAGGAGAGGUGCCUGCUUUCUUCAAGAACCUGGGCUCCGGGAGUCCCAAGCCCCGGCAGAAAUUCUGCGGCAUGUUCUGCCCCGUGGAAGGCUCCCUGGAGAACAAGACCCUCGACUUUGAUGCCCUCUCAGUAGGUCGAGGGGGAGGAGGAGGAGGAGGAGGCAGGAUCGUGGCCCAGCAGAGGGAUGUGGCCCACCUGGGCACUACCCACUAUGCCUGGCAGAACCCAUCAUCCGGGGAAGGAGGCAGGAAGGUCCAGAUCCGGAGAGCAGGAGGCAAGGAAGCUUUGCAGAACCUCAACGACAAGAGUGAUCGCCUUUUGAUCAAGGGUGGCAAAAUAGUUAACGAUGACCAGUCAUUCUAUGCAGACAUUUACAUGGAAGAUGGGUUAAUAAAGCAAAUUGGAGAGAAUCUGAUUGUGCCAGGAGGAGUGAAGACGAUCGAGGCUCAUGGACGGAUGGUGGUCCCUGGAGGAAUCGAUGUCCACACUCGCUUCCAGAUGCCUGAUCAAGGGAUGACAUCUUCUGAUGACUUCUUCCAAGGAACGAAAGCUGCUCUGGCUGGAGGCACCACUAUGAUCAUUGACCAUGUCGUUCCUGAGCCUGGCACCAGUUUGCUCGCUGCAUUUGACCAGUGGCGAGAAUGGGCAGACAGCAAAUCCUGCUGUGACUACUCUUUGCAUGUGGAUAUCACAGAGUGGCAUAAAGGAGUUCAGGAGGAGAUGGAAGCAUUGAUCAAAGAUCAUGGAGUGAAUUCUUUCUUGGUAUACAUGGCCUUCAAGGAUCACUUUCAGCUAACAGAUUCCCAGAUAUAUGAGGUCUUGAGCGUGAUCCGCGACAUUGGUGCCAUUGCUCAAGUCCAUGCUGAGAAUGGUGACAUCAUUGCUGAGGAACAGCAGAGGAUCUUGGAAUUGGGAAUCACUGGCCCUGAAGGGCAUGUUCUGAGCAGGCCUGAAGAAGUCGAAGCCGAAGCUGUGAACCGAGCGAUCACCAUUGCGAACCAAACCAACUGCCCACUGUACAUCACCAAGGUGAUGAGCAAAAGUGCAGCGGAAGUUAUUGCCCAGGCCAGGAAAAAGGGCACUGUGGUUUAUGGAGAGCCCAUCACGGCAAGCUUGGGCACAGAUGGAUCACACUACUGGAGUAAAAACUGGGCCAAAGCAGCUGCUUUUGUCACCUCCCCACCACUGAGCCCUGACCCAACUACUCCAGAUUUCCUCAACUCUCUGCUGUCUUGUGGAGAUCUCCAGGUUACUGGCAGUGGCCACUGUACCUUCAACACGGCCCAGAAAGCUGUUGGGAAGGACAACUUCACUCUGAUCCCUGAAGGAACCAAUGGAACUGAGGAAAGGAUGUCCAUCAUCUGGGAUAAAGCUGUGGUUACUGGGAAGAUGGAUGAAAACCAGUUUGUGGCUGUCACCAGCACCACUGCAGCCAAGAUCUUCAACCUGUAUCCACGAAAAGGGCGCAUUGCAGUGGGCUCUGAUGCUGACCUGGUUAUCUGGGACCCAGACAGUGUCAAGACAAUUUCAGCCAAGACUCAUAACAUAUCUGUGGAAUACAAUAUCUUUGAAGGCAUGGAAUGCCGUGGGUCACCAUUGGUGGUGAUCAGCCAAGGGAAAAUAGUGCUUGAAGAUGGUAAUCUCCAUGCAACUGAGGGCUCUGGACGAUAUAUUGCCAGGAAACCCUUCCCUGACUUUGUUUACAAGCGCAUCAAAGCAAGGAGCAGGCUGGCUGAGCUGAGAGGUGUUCCUCGUCGGCCUUUGAUGGACCAGUCUGCGAAGUUUCCAGUGACACCGAAAAAACUGUCACCCCAGCCUCUUCGGCCAAGACAUCUCCUGCAAAACAGCAGGCCCCCUGUUAGGAACCUGCACCAGUCUGGAUUUAGCUUGUCUGGUGCACAGAUUGAUGAUAAUAUCCCACGCCGUACUACACAGCGCAUAGUGGCGCCACCCGGAGGCCGUGCCAAAUCACCCAGCUUGGGUUAA